UCGUAAAGAAUUCGAAUUGUUUUAAAAUUAAUAAAAAUUAGGUUAGAAUUGAUAAAAAAAAUCGAAAUAAAAUUUUAUUAUUUUAAGGUUAUCCAACUUGACUCGGUUACCAUGGUGAUUAAGACCCCAACAUUGCCAUUGCAGUUGCUUCUCAAAAUUGACGUCGAACUUAAGUUUUUUUUAAUGAAAAACACAUAAUUAAUUGGAUUUAAAGGUUGUAUUUAAUUCAAAAUGGGUAAAUGGAUGAAAUUAUAAGCAAGGUUAUGUUUAGAAUUAUAUUGACGUUUUGACAUUGCGCUUGCGCAAUUGAUUGGUGGAAAAUUCAAUAUCUCGAACGGCAUACAUAAAUCAACUUGUAUGUUUGCAUUUCGAAGCUUUUUGAGGGAAAUAUUUCGUUGGAAAAUCUUUCGAUAAUGUGAUAAUUAAAGCAAUGAAAGUGUUCGUGUAGUAAAAGAGGAAAAGACGAAGAAUUAGCGGGCCAAAAUGAAACUGACAAAUAACAAAUACAAAUUGAUAUUCGCAAUACAAACUUUUUUGUUGUCCAGUGAUCUUUGUAUAAAUACAUUUGGGGUUUUAGCGAGGAAAUACAACGCUGUUGUACUCGUUUUAUUCAUAAUACAAGAUAUUUUUAUUGUUUUGGCUCUAUCAAUCUUAUUGUUAUUAAUAUUUUCAACAUACGUAUUUCAGGUAGGAUUAGUUGGUUUACUUUAUGACAAAUUCAGAUUUACAAUAAUAAUAUGCACCAUUUACUUCAUUUUAACCACAAUUCUGUAUAUAUGGGUUUUAACACUUCGAUGGAAGGAUCCCUUUAAACAUAAUUGGUCUAUAGGACUGUACAUUAUGUAUAUAACACACCGAUUUUUUUCUCCAAUUUAUUAUUACUUCUAUAAAAGAUCCGCUUUAACGAUUACCGACCCUCAGUUUUAUGAAGAAAAACAUUGGCAGCCAAAAACAACCAUAAACACAACUUGAAAGUGACGAGAAAUAGAAAAAUUAUUUUUUUUUCUAUAUAAAAUGAGAUGUGUUCUAAAAUGAAAAUAA